AUGGCUUCUUCUCGAUCCAAUGCCCGCCUCGUGCGGUUUGGUAUUUUUGCGCUCGUGUUGAUUUUCUGUGGAUAUGUGCUCACUAAGGGUUCCACAUACUCUUCUUCGCCGUUGAUGCAAUCCACUCAGCCCGAAGCUAAGCCAGAUGCAACAAAGGCUCCACCAGCCCAAGCUGCAAAUGACAAGGCAGCGGCGGCGCCAGAAAAGGGUGCAGCUGCAUCGCCAGAGAAGGUUUCUGCGCCUCAAUCUGCGCCAGCGCCAGGCGAAAAGGUCAAGGCCACCUUUGUCACUUUGGCAAGAAACUCGGAUCUCGACUCUAUCAUGGGCUCUAUCCGCCACAUCGAAGACCGCUUCAACCUGAAGUUCCACUAUGACUGGGUGUUCUUGAAUGACGAACCAUUUGACGACAACUUCAAGAAGACAACCUCGGCCCUUGUUUCUGGACAGGCCAAGUACGGUACCAUUCCAAACGAGCAUUGGUCGUACCCUGACUGGAUCGACAAGGAGAAGGCUGCCUUAGCCAGAGAGGAAAUGGUGGCGCAAAACAUCAUUUACGGAGGAUCCGAGUCGUACCGCCACAUGUGUCGGUUCGAGUCGGGUUUCUUUUUCCGUCACCCAUUGAUGGCCGAGUACGAGUACUACUGGCGUGUUGAGCCCGACAUCAAGAUCUUCUGCGACAUUGACUACGACGUGUUCAAGUUCAUGAAGGACAACGACAAGAUGUACGGCUUCACCAUUUCUCUUCCUGAGUACAAGGCGACGAUUCCAACCUUGUGGGAAACCACCAAGAAGUUCAUCGAAGAGAACCCCAAGUACGUGGCUGAGAACAACAACAUGGCCUGGAUCUCCGACGACAACGGUAACACCUACAACGGGUGCCACUUCUGGUCCAACUUUGAGGUUGCCGCCAUGAAGUUAUGGCAGUCGGAAGCCUAUCUCAAGUACUUUGAGUAUCUCGACAAGGCAGGCGGCUUCUUCUACGAGAGAUGGGGAGAUGCGCCUGUGCACUCGAUUGGCGCGUCCCUUUUCAUUCCAAAGGACAAGAUCCACUUUUUCGGCGAUGUGGGCUACUUCCAUGUUCCGUUCAACAACUGUCCUGUUGAUGAAGAAACGCGCCUCAGCAAAAAGUGCGUGUGCAAUCCAAAAGACGACUUUACGUGGCGUGGAUACUCGUGCACACCAAAGUUUUUCAAGGUGCACGGCUUGACCAGACCCAAGGGAUGGGAAAACUUCACGCAGUAA